AUGUCUGGUUUAGGAGGCGAUUUCGCCGUCAAAUUCGCCCGUGAGACAUGGGCACUUUACGGUGUUGGCGUGCUGAGUGCCGGCCUGCGAUUCACCGCUCGUAUUCGACGUCUUGGCCUUCGCAAUCUUCAGGUCGAUGACUAUCUCAUGCUCUUUGCAGUAGUCUGGUAUACAUUAUUAUGCAUCGCCUUGAAUCAAGUCGCCUCCGGUGGAGGCUCGAAUCUCUUGACCGACGAGGAUAAAGCCAACUUGACGGAAGAGAACAUUGAGGAACGAGUCAAAGGAAGUAAAUGGGUCUUUGUGUCGGAACAUUCAUUCAUUCUCUGCGUCUGGAGUCUGAAAGCGUGCAUGUUGGUGAUCUACAGCCGUAUCACUGAAGGAUUGAAGCAGAAACGCUGGAUCAACUAUCUCGCCAUCUAUGUCGGACUCGGCUUUAUUGCAACCGUACUGUCUCUCUUCCUGAUCUGUCGCCCAUUAAAUCAAUACUGGGCCGUCCCAACGGAUAACUACCAAUGCAUGUCCUACCAGUACUACGAAAUCAUACAAGGCUGCCUCUCCAUCUCCGCCGACAUUUUCAUGCUCAUCAUUGCCAUUCCAAUGCUCAUGCAAGUCCGCAUCCCGCUCAAGCAAAAGCUCAUCCUGGUGAUCCUCUUCGGAAUGGGCAUCUUCGUCAUCGUCGCCGCAGUCUUGAACAAAGUCUACUGUCUCGUCCAAUCCCUGAUCUCCUACGUCUAUAUGAACUGGUACUUCCGCGAAGCAACAGUCGCCAUCCUAGUCACAAACCUGCCGCUAGUCUGGUCCCUCCUCCGCGACGUCUUUCCCGCCCUCAAGAGCUGGACCGGCGGCUCAAAGCGCGGCACAGACCGCUACAAGUACGGCCCCUGGAACACCAGCAAGGGCGGCUCAAAUAUGCCCACGCCAUAUGGGCCACCUAGUCAUACCCGCUCGGGAGACUUCACCAUGCAAGAGUUCCAGCGCACAGCUACGAUUUCCCCGCAAAAGGCGACUGCUUCGGAUAUUAGUCUGCCGCCUAGCGAAGAGCGCGAUGCGAGCAGUGAUGAUGGUUCCGCGCGUGCGCUGCGUAUCCGUCAGGAUAUCACUGUUACCGUGCAGCGAGACUCGCGGCCGUCGGAUUAUGAGCCGCAUUCCUCGCAUGUUAUUCGGCACCCUGAGGAUGUUUAA